AUGAUGCAGUCGUCGUUUGCAUCGGUGUCCUUCUGGGACCUGGCUCUGUGUCUGUCUGUCGCACUAGCUGUAUUCGGAUUCCUUGUUGUUCUCGUCAUAUUCCUUUCUCUCGAAAUUUCCCACAAUAGCCCUAUCUCCAAAAGCCGCCCAAGAAACUCGCCUGUCCACCUUUUGCUCGUCCUGGGAAGCGGUGGUCAUACAGCUGAAAUGUUCUACAUGCUGGAGCAUGCGGAUAUGACAUGUUAUUCGUAUCGGACUUACGUCGUGAGCUCCGGGGAUAGCUUCAGCGCUGGCAAGGCCAAGGAAUUCGAGGCAGAGAGAACUUGCCCGGACGAUAACUACAACAUUGUGACGGUACCUCGUGCCAGACGAGUUCAUCAAUCAUACCUGACAGCGCCUUUCACCACCCUUCAAUGCUUCUGGGCUUGUUUCAAUGUCCUCUGUGGACUUCAUCCAGGACAGCGACUUCCUGAACAGUACAGCUCUCCUUUCCCGGACUUAAUUCUGACAAACGGCCCAGCUACAUCCGUCUGUGUGGCUUUGGCUGCGAAGCUCAUCCGCUUUUUCCAGUACAUAUCUAGCUUCAGGUUCUCGUCUCGAAGCUCCGCAACAUUGCCUAUUUCCCAGUUGCGCAUCCUCCAUACUGAAUCUUGGGCUCGGGUGCAGAAACUGAGUAUGUCCGGUAUUCUUAUGUUGCCGCUAGCCGAUAACUUCCUUGUUCAAUGGCCAGAUUUAGGAGGGCUGCGGGCCUGGGUGGGAAUGAAGAGAACUAAAUACGCAGGGUGGCUUGUGAUUUAG